GUAUACGCCACGGGCGUCGUGACCUCCCUGUGGCCCCGGCAGCGGCUGCGGAGAAAGUCGCGAGGAGCAUGCGCUUCGGCUGCAGCUAUUUACUGAGGACCCACUGGAUGUCAAGCACUGUGCAUAGUUUUCUUCGAUUGUUGCAAUAUCCCUUGCAAGAGUUUCACUCUUGUUGCCCAGGCUGGAGUGCAAUGGCAUGAUCUCGGCUCACCGCAACCUCCGCCUCCCAAGUUCAGGCAGUUCUCCUGCCUCAGCCUCCUGAAUAGCUGGGAUUACAGUUUCUGGACCAGCAGAGCUGAAGGAACCCAAACUUGGACUGAAGUGACUCUACUAAGGUCAGCUCUAUGGCUCUUCCACAUGAUUCAAACGAAACUUCCUAUUUGCUACCUCCAAACAAUGAGGACUGGGAUGGGCAAACCAUUCCUGACUUUGUUUAUGGGCAGAAGGAUCUCAUGGCAGAAGGGAUUCAGUGGCCAAGGAAUGCACCUGGCAUCCUGGAUGCUCUGCCACAAUCUCCCUUUGAUGCUGCACUCUGCUCUGCCUGGAAGCAGCGGGUGGAGCUGGGGCUGUUUCGCUACCGCCUACGGGAGCUACAGACCCAAAUCCUCCCUGGUGCUGUGGGUUUCGUGGCUCAGCUGAAUGUGGAGCGUGGUGUGCAGAGGAGGCGCCCGCAGACCAUCAAGAGCGUGAGGCAGGCAUUUGACCCUGAACAGUUCAACUUCAACAAGAUCCGGCCCGGAGAAGUCCUCUUCCGUUUGCACCGGGAGCCUGAUCUCCCUGGGACUCUGCUGCAAGAAGACAUCCUCGUGGUGAUCAACGUCAGCCCCCUGGAGUGGGGCCACGUGCUGCUGGUGCCUGAGCCUGCCCGCGAGCUCCCCCAGCGCCUGCUGCCAGGUGCACUGAGGGCGGGGAUUGAGGCUGUGCUGCUGAGCUUACACCCUGGCUUCCGUGUCGGCUUCAACAGCCUGGGAGGCUUGGCCUCGGUGAACCACCUCCACCUGCAUGGCUAUUACCUGGCUCACAGACUGCCCGUGGAGCAGGCACCAAGCGAGCCCCUGGACCCUGGAGGCCAUUUGCAUCUGCUCCAGGACCUCCCAGCUCCCGGCUUCCUCUUUUAUACUCGUGGGCCAGGGCCUGACUUGGAGUCCCUGAUAAGCAGGGUAUGUCGGGUCACUGAUUAUCUGACUGACCAUGAGAUUGCACAUAACUUGUUUGUGACCCGGGGAGCUCCGCCAGGAAAGACAUCACCUUCCUCAGCCCUCACAGGGGUCCGAGUAAUUCUGUGGGCCCGGAAGUCCAGCUUUGGGAUAAAGGAUGGUGAGGCUUUCAGUGUUGCCCUCUGUGAGCUGGCUGGGCACCUCCCUGUCAAAACAUCCCAGGACUUCAGCAGCCUGACAGAAGCAGCCGCUGUGGCCCUCAUUCAGGACUGUCGGCUGCCCCCAUCCCAGGCAGAAGAGGUACAGGCAGCACUGGUGGCCCUGAUGUCCCAGGAAGAGCAAUAAUACUUCUGGAUGUAUUUAUGUUCUUUUUUUCUUUUCUUUUGAGAUAGGGUCUCACUCUGUCACCCAGGCUAGAGUGUCGUGGUAUGAUCCUGGCUCACUGUAGCCUUGACCUCUGGGGCUGAAGUGAUCCUCCCACCUCAGCCUCUUUAGUAGCUGAGACUACAGGCAUGCACCACCACACACCCUUUUUUUUUUUUUUUAACGAUUACGUGAUUUUGUAUUUUUUUAUACAGACAGGGUUUCACCAUGUUGCUCAGGCUGGUCUUGAACUCUUGGGCUGAAGCAUCCUCCCACCUUGGCCUCCCAAAGUGCUGAGAUGACAGGAGUGAGCCCCUGGAUUCUUUUCUUUUUCUUUCUUUUUUUUUUUUUUUUUUUUUUUGAGACAGAGUCUCGCUCUGUCACCUAGGUUGGGGUGCACUGGCACAAUCUCGGCUCACUGCAACCUCCACCUCCAGGGUUCGAGUGAUUCCCCUGGCUCAGCCUCCCGAGUAGCUGGGACUACAGGCUCCUGCCACCAUGCCCGGCUAAUUUUUUUGUAUUUUUAAAAGAGAAGGGGUUUCACCAUGUUGGCUAGGCUGGUCUUGAACUCCUGACCUUAGGUGAUCCACCCCCCUCGGCCUCCCAAAGUGCUGGGAUUACAGGCGUGAGCCACCACGCCCAGCCAGGAUGUAUUCAUUUUCUACCUGAUGAGUCCCUUCCCAGAGCACUGUCCAUCAUGGUCAUUUGGACAUUUAUUUUCAUGGCUGCCUUCUCACCUGUCUCAGCCUAAGAAGAAGGAUGAAGAAAGAGCUGAUAAUGAUCUCUUAAAGGGGAGAAAGAUAAUGGUCUCUUUAAAGGGGAGCUGAUAAUGGUCUCUUUAAAGGGGAGAAAGCCUGGAAUAAUUCUACUGAGUAAGACUUCAUGAAUGUAUCUGCUACCUCUCCCUGUUCUUCUUGUUCAAGCCCCAGGGGUGUUAAAAAGUAGUGUGUGUGACAGUUACACACUCCUGACUUUACAUUUGGACUUUGUCUUCCUUUGAUACCAAAUGUUAGCAAGGUGAUAGUGCAUGUGCCUCCAGUAUUGAGCUGCCACUUCUGUUCUCAGCCUCUCUGUUUAUUCCCCUUUGCUCACCACUUAUUUUUAUUUCUUCGUCCCUUCUUUCCAUUUUGCCCUGCUCCACCCAAAUGCCCCACUCCUUCACUUUCCCGGCCACCUUGAGCUUUCCUCUAGCCCCCAACACCGAGCUGAAUGCUCUUCACUGACAUCAUCUGAUGUAAAAACACAGUGUCGUC